AAUGCGGCAUCCACGACCCCCCAAUUCUUCUUACAAUAAUAAUCGACAACAUAAUUUUCCUGUAAUGACUUAUAAGCCGUAUCUUUUGAAGGAAGAUGAUGAACGUAAAAUUCCUGCAUUUCUUGUGAAACUAUGGAAUAUUGUUGAAGGUCAAGCAUACAAAGACAUUGUUUGCUGGGAUGAGUCCGGCCGUAGCUUUCACAUAAUGGAUCCUUAUGCAUUUUGCAGCAACGUGCUUCCUCAGUAUUUCAAACAUAAGAAUCUAAAUAGUCUUGUACGCCAAUUGAAUAUGUAUGGUUUCCGAAAGAACACACCAAUUGACCGUUCUGGAUUAGCUCGCGCUGAAUCUGACCAAGAUCACUUAGAAUUUGCUCACCCUUAUUUUCGUCGUGACCACCCACAUUUUCUUGUGAAUAUUAAAAGAAAAGCACCUGGAGGAAAGAAUUCCCCAACUUCUAAUCAACAUAAAUAUAACAAUAAUUCUAUUCCAAUGGAAGUUGCGGAUGGUGGAGUUGGACAAAACUCAUUUGAUAUGACUGAAAUUCUUGAAGAGUUGGGAACGUUGCGUGAACGUCAGCAUCAUUCGGAAAUUCGAAUUGAGGAGUUAACCAAAAAAUGAGAUGCUUUGGAAUGAAAUGGCUCAUGUUCGCGGAACACAUUUGAAGCAGCAACAGUUGGUAAAUAAAUUAAUUCAGUUCCUUGUUGCGUUAGUAGGACCAAAUGGAAAACAAUCUAAUCGACUUGGAAAACGUCUAAUUUCUGAACGUUCUGUUAAUCACACCGGUGAAUCUUCUA